CCAGCUCGCCCGACGCGCCGCUGCAGGUUCGCGGCGCGUCGCACCAAUGGCUGCGCGCGCAAUGCUCGCGACGACGCGCGCCUUCGCGACGCAACGACCGCUCCUCGCCGCGCGCGCCGCGGCGGCGACGCGCCUCGGCGCCACCAAACAGCGAACGCUCCCUUACGUGGCGACGCGGAGCCUCUUCGGCUUCGGCGGCGGCGCCGGCGGCGACGACGAGGACCCGGAGUCGAAGAAGGCGCGGCGGGACGUGGCGCGCGCCGUCGUCGACGCCGAGGCGCUCGCGUCGUCCGACGGCGACGGCGCGGUCGGCUCGAACGGCGGCGGCGACGGCGUGCUCGUCGGCGGCGGCGGCGGCGGCGACGACGGGUCGUCGCCGGCGAGCGUCGGCGUCGGCGACGACGCGCCGCGGCCCGAGCGCGUCGUCGCCCUCGGCCUGUCGCGGCGGCCGCUCUUCCCGGGCAUGGUCCACUCGCUGUCCAUGUCGCGCGCCGCCGCGGAAGCGCUGACCGCGGAGCGCGACGCCGGGCGGCCCUACGUGGGCCUCUUCCUGCGGCGCGACAGUAGCGGCGAGGACGAGGGCGGCAGGCCCGCGGAGCUCUUGGCCGAGCUCGGCGACGACCGGCCGCUCGACGCCUUGGUGCACGCGACGGGCGCGUUCGCGCAGAUCCACAACGUCGCGGACACGCCCGACGGCAACGCGCAGGCGCUCGUGCUCGUGCACCGGCGCGUCGACGCGGAGCGCGUCGUCGACGGCGGCCCGCCGCCGACGCUGGCCGUCGCGCACUGGGACCGCGAGGCCCGCGGCGAUCUGGUGAAGGCGCUGAGCAACGAGAUCGUCGCGGCGAUCCGGGAAUUGGUGCAGAUGAACCCGCUCUACCGCGAGCACAUGCAGUACUUCACGCAGCGCGUCGACAUCGGCGACCCCUUCAAGCUCGCGGACUUUGCGGCGUCGCUGGCGACGGCGCCGGGCGACGAGCUCCAGACGUGCCUCGAGGAGCGCGACGUCGUCGCGCGGCUCCGCGCGUCGCUCGAGCUCGUGUCGAAGGAGCGCGAGCUCUCGCGGCUCCAGCAGGAGAUCUCGAGCCAGGUCGAGAAGAAGCUCAGCGGCCAGCAGCGCACGUUCCUGCUCAACGAGCAGCUCAAGACCAUCAAGAAGGAGCUGGGCGUCGAGACCGACGACAAGGACGCGCUCGUCGCCAAGUACCGGCGCCGCGCGGCGCCGGAGGCCAAGUGGGCCGGCGGCGUCAUCCCCGCGCUCGCGCGCCACGCCAUCGAGGAGGAGCUCGCCAAGCUCGCGGUGCUCGAGAAGAACUCCGCGGAGUUCAACGUCACGCGGUCCUACCUCGACUGGCUCACGGCGCUGCCCUGGGGCGCGGCGAGCGACGAGGCCUUCGACGUCGCCGCCGCCAAGAGCGCGCUCGACGCGGGCCACUACGGCAUGGACGACGUCAAGGAGCGCAUCCUCGAGCUCGUCGCCGUCGGGUCGCUCGUCGGCGGCGUCCGGGGCAAGAUCCUCUGCCUCGUGGGCCCGCCGGGCACGGGCAAGACGUCCAUCGGCGAGUCCGUCGCCGCCGCGCUGGGCCGCGAGUUCUACCGCUUCUCCGUGGGCGGCCUCGGCGACGUCGCGGAGAUCAAGGGCCACCGGCGGACCUACGUCGGCGCGAUGCCCGGCAAGCCCAUCCAGUGCCUCAAGCAGACGCGGGCCAUGAACCCCGUGAUAUUGAUCGACGAGGUGGACAAGCUCGGGCGCGGGGGCGGCUCCGGCGGCGGCGACCCGGCGUCGGCUUUGUUGGAGCUGCUGGAUCCGUCGCAGAACGCGACGUUCCUCGACCACUACCUCGACGUGCCCGUGGAUCUGAGCCGCUGCCUCUUCGUGUGCACGGCGAACGACGAGUCGACGAUCCCCGGGCCGCUCCUGGACCGCAUGGAGGUCGUGCGGCUCGCGGGCUACGACCUGCGGGACAAGCUCGCGAUCGCGCGCGACCACCUGGUGCCCCGGGCGCUCAAGGAGGCGGGCCUCGACGGCGAUCUGGAGAUCGAGGACCGGCCGCGCUUCACGGACGCGGCGCUGGAGGCCCUGGCCAAGGGCCACGCGCGCGAGGCGGGCGUGCGGAACCUGCAGAAGUUGGUGGAAAAGGUCGCGCGGAAGCUCGCGUUGCGCGUCGUCCGCGACGGCGACGCGGCGGCGGAGGCGACGCGGCCCGAGGGCGACACCGGCGGCGGCUACGUCGUGGACGAGGCGAACCUCGACGACUUCGUCGGGCCGCCGCGGUUCUCCAAGGACCGGCUCUACGACGGUUCCGUUGAUACGCCCCCGGGCGUCGUCGCGGGCCUGGCGUGGACGUCCAUGGGCGGCGCGACGCUCUACGUCGAGGCGACGAAGCUGGGGGGGCUGAGCGCCGAGGAGGGCAAGCCGCUGCCGGCGCCGCGUUUAACGACGACGGGCCAGCUGGGCGGCGUCAUGGAGGAGAGCAGCCGCGUCGCGCUCAACUACGUCCGCGGCCGCCUCUUCCGCGAAGACUCGGGCGCCACGCUCGACGGGUCGGACCUGCACGUCCACUUCCCCGACGGCGCGACGCCCAAGGACGGGCCGUCGGCGGGCGUGACGCUCGCGACGGCGCUGCUCUCGCUCGCGUCGGGGAUCCCCGCGCGCCAGGACCUCGCGAUGACGGGCGAGAUCUCCCUCACGGGCAAGGUCCUGCCCGUCGGCGGCAUCAAGGAGAAGGUCAUCGCCGCGCGGCGCGCGAACAUCCCGGCCGUGAUCCUCCCGGCGGAGAACCGGAAGGACUUCGACGAGCUGCCCGACUACCUCAAGGACGGCAUGGAGGCCCACUUCGCGACGACCUACGACGACGUCUUCGACCUCGCCUUCAAGACGGAGGGGUAAUCUUAGGGGGUU